AUGGUUCUCCAUUUUGAGCCUGAAGAGUUGCAUGCUGGAUCCAGGCCUGGUGUCUCUCAUGUAGAUAAAAAAUCUCUUAGCAACAUAGAGAAUUUGAAUCAACGUUCAGAAAUUCCCAGUGAGCAGCAUUAUUUCACAGAUGGUGGAGAAGGGACGGUAUUAACCUCAAAGACCAUGUUCUUUAAAAAUAAUUGUGCUUGUAUGGGAGAAAAUUAUUAUGAAUGCAACAGAUAUGGAAAGUCCCUCAAACACAUGUCAGCUCUAAGAACACAUAAUAGAAUACAUAUUACUGAGAAAACUUACGAAUAUAAUAUAUAUGAAAAUUCCUUCAGGAGCAAGAAAAUUCUUAGAAGACAUAACAAAAUUGACUCAGGCGAGAGACCUCAUAGAUGUAACAAAUGUGGAAAAUCUUUCAGGUUGAGGACAAUUUUAAAUGCACAUAAUAGAAUUCACACAGCUGGAAACCCAUAUGAAUGCAACCAAUGUGGGAAGUCCUUCACCUGGAAAACUCAACUCAGUAUUCAUCAGGUAACUCAUACAGGAGAGAAACCUUAUAAAUGUAACACAUGUGAAAAGUGUUUCAUGUGGAAAGCACCACUACUAAUGCAUCAGAGAACUCAUACAGGAGAGAAACCUUAUAAACAUAACACAUGUGGAAAGUCUUUUCCCAAGAAAUCACACAUCAGUGUUCAUGAGACAACAAAUUCAGGAGAGAAACCAUAUAAAUGUAAGACAUGUGGAAAGUCUUUUGCCUGGCAAUCAUACCGAAGUGUUCAUGAGCGAACACAUACAGGAGAGAAACCUUAUAAAUGUAACACAUGUGGAAAGUCUUUUGCCUGGAAAUCAUACCGAAGUGUUCAUGAGAGAACACAUACAGGAGAGAAACCUUAUAAAUGUAACACAUGUGGAAAGUCUUUUACCCAGAAAUCACACCUAAGUCUUCAUGAGGGAACACAUACAGGAGAUAAACCUUAUAAAUGUAACACUUGUGGAAAGUCGUUUACCCAGAAAUCACACCUACGUAUUCAUGAGAGAAUACAUACAGGAGAGAAACCUUAUAAAUGUAACACAUGUGUAAAGUCUUUUACCAACAAAUCACACCUACGUCUUCAUGAGAGAAUACAUACAGGAGAGAAACCUUAUAAAUGUAACACAUGUGGUAAGUCUUUUACCCAGAAAUCAAGCGUUACUGUUCAUGAGAGAAGACAUACAGGAGACAAACCUUAUAAAUGUAACACAUGUGGAAAGUCUUUUGCCUCGAAAAGCGACCUUAUUAUUCAUGAGAGAACACAUACAGGAAAGAAACCUUAUACAUGUAACACAUGUGGAAUGUCUUUUACCCAGAAAUCAAGCGUUAUGUUUCAUGAGAGAACCCAUACAUGAGAAAAACCUACAAAUGUUACAAAAUUGGAAUGUAUUCACCCAGUAGACAUAUCUUAG